AAUUAAUCCCUCCUUUAUCCUUUUGCCCUUUUCCGAAAUUAUUGUUUAACUGUUCCCAAAAAAUAUAUAUACUUUUUCGACAAAACAAAGAAGACGAAAUUACAGGCUCCGAUUUCUAAAGAAGAAAAAUGAAGGUUCCUUGCCUUCCAAUCUAAGCAAGCUAGCCUAAUUACGAUGGAGCAACAGAGAGUCGCCGGCGUUGAAGAAGACGCCGCAGGCGGCGGCCUGGGCCGCGCGGGAGCCGUCCUCCUCACCGCCACCUGCGCCGCAGCCACCUACAGGGCGGCGGCGGCAGGGGACGUCGCGUCCGUAGCGUUCGUGAUCGUCAGCUGCGGCGCGCUCCUGCUGCUGCUCCGCUUCCUUCGCGAGUACGAGCUGUUGGCGGCGCCGCCGGAGGCGGCUGUCCGUAGGGAAGGGCUCAGGCGCAGGGUAUGGGCGCUCUGCACGCUGCUCACCGCCAUGUUCGCCUGGAAGGUUGCCGGCGUGAUGCCGUGGCCCGUCGCGGCGGCGGGAGUCUGGGCCGCGGCUGCGGUGACGUCUGCUGGUGGCUUCGUUCUCCUGUUUCGUCAGCAGCAGCGUCGACGACGCCUCUGAUCGAGCACUGCGCCUGCACCUGAGUGAUCGGCCGGAUCGGAUGCUCGCCCUGUUGCUUGUUGGUGUGCUUGCAUACAUGAUAGGGUAUCUGUUUGGUGAAGAUUUGAGGUUACCCUGCCCGAUGUUGUGCAUAUAUAUAUGAUUAAUUGACGGUUUUUCCUUGUGCUGAUGGUGAAGAGAAGGAAAUGCAUGGAUUAUUACUAGCUAGUUCAUCAAACAGUCCGGAUACAGAUGUACAAAUACAGUACUUUCGAUUAUCUUUGAUUGAAGAGAAGGAAAUGCGUGUGAUUGAAGGUCUUUCCUUGUGCUUUGACCUUUGAUUUCUUUCAAUUAUCUAAAAAUAUAUAGUGCUUUCGAUGUACUCCGUUUUGAUGAAUUAUGAUGUGGGCUACCACAACCUGUACGUAUUCUACGGGUUGUUUGCUUA